ACUAACGUCGACAUUGGAUACCUACUCAACCUCUCCAUCCUAAACGCACCGAGCUCCAUACUCGCCGUCAUUGACCCCAGAAGAAUCUCCCCUCCUCCAAGUCAAUUCCUCUUAAAGCUAUUCACAAUGUCGGACGACGGUCAGGAGCUUGUUACCAAGCCUUUCAAGUUUGUCACUGCUUGCACUGACGCUCGUUUCCCCAACCAGAACCAGACCAAGCACUGCUGGCAAAACUACGUCGAUUACCACAAGUGCAUUCUCGCCAAGGGUGAGGACUUUGCGCCUUGCCGCCAGUUCUGGCUGUCUUACCGAUCUCUCUGCCCCUCCGGCUGGUAUCAGCGCUGGGACGAGCAGCGCGAGGCCGGAAACUUCCCCGUCAAGCUCGACGCCUAAGCCGACCCCGUAGAUUGGAUGGAUUAGUGGAUGUUGUUAGAAGAGUCAGAGCAGACACACUGCAAUUGUAUCAUUUGUGAUAUUGCUUUCAAAGCUAACCCCAAAUAUUGACUGUUGUGUUUUGAA